CAAAUCGUCGGGUAAAAUUAUUUAGAACUUGAUGGAUUUAGCGUCACUGUCCUCUAUCUCUGAUCCAAGAAUUCAGAGAGUUCAAUUGAAUCCAUGGAAACUGAAACCUUCAUUAGACCCAACAACAAAUCAAAGAAGAAACAAAGAUCUCCACUUUUAACUUUCCUUUUUCUCUUCACUUUGAUUCUCCUUUUCUUCUACUUCAAAAACUUCAUUUCCCCUUCUCUUCUUCCCCUUUCAAAAAAAUCAAUACCCAUUAUACCCCGUCCCCAACAAUGCAACCCCGAAAAUCGCCUGCAGGAGAAGUUCAUGUGGUAUGCGCCUCACAGUGGGUUCAGCAACCAAUUGGCUGAGUUCAAGAAUGCGAUUUUGAUGGCUAAGAUUCUAAAUCGGACCCUAAUUGUACCACCCGUGUUGGAUCACCAUGCUGUUGCGCUUGGUAGUUGUCCUAAAUUUAGGGUUUUGGAACCUAAUGAAUUGAGAUACUUGGUUUGGAAUCAUAGUAUUCAGCUCUUGCGUGAUUGCAGGUAUGUAUCCAUGGCUGAUAUAGUUGACCUUUCACCACUUGCUUCCUAUUCAACUGUGAGAUUUAUAGAUUUUCGUGCUUUUGUGUCCUCCUGGUGUGGUGUAAACUUGGAUGUUAUUUGCUCUAAGAACCAAAAUAUACCAUCUUCGUUAUUCGAGAGCCUUCGACAAUGUGGUUCUCUAUUGUCUGGUUAUUAUGGUAGUUUCAGUGGUUGUUUGUCUGCUUUAAAAGAAGAUUGUAGAACAACAGUUUGGACAUAUAAAAAAGACGAUGAGGAUGGAGCUUUAGACUCGUUUCAACCUGAUGACCAACUUAGGAAGAAAAAGAAGAUAUCAUUUAUUAGGAGAAGGAAAGAUGUGUAUAAAGCUCUUGGCCCUGGUUCUGCCGCAGAAUCAGCCACUGUUUUGGCAUUUGGAAGCCUUUUCACUGCUCCUUAUAAGGGAUCUGAAUCCCAUAUUGACAUUCAUGAAGCUCCUAAUAAUCCCAUCGUACAGACCUUAAUCAAAAAGAUAGAGUUCCUUCCCUUUGUGCCUGAAAUAAUAAAUGCCGGCAAGAAGUUUGCUCUUCAAACUAUCAAGGGUCCCUUUCUUUGUGCACAGCUCAGGCUACUAGAUGGACAAUUCAAGAACCACCAUAAAGCUACUUUUCUUGGUCUGAAGCAGAAACUAGAAUCUUUGAGGCAAACAGGACAGAAACAGAUCCAUGUAUUUGUGAUGACUGAUCUCCCCAUGGCUAAUUGGACAGGGAGUUACUUGGGGAACUUAGCAAAAGAUUCCGAUGCCUUCAAGCUGUUUGUUAUCAGAGAAGAAGAUGACUUGGUUCAAGAAACUGCUAGAGAAGUGAUGGCUUCGGGGCAUGGGCUAAAACUUGGUUCAGUUUCACAGAAUACGGUAGGGAUUAGCGAGCAUCACCAUCCUCAAUCAUUAACUGAUGUUCUCUUAUACAUAGAGGAAGUAGUCUGCAGCUGUGCUUCUCUUGGUUUUGUAGGCACUUCUGGGUCAACAAUUGCUGAGAGCAUAGAGUUAAUGAGGAAACAUGACAUUUGUUCCGGCUAAAUUGCUUUGGCUCCUAGCUAACUAGUGUUACUUACCCAGCUUUGUGUUCACCCAUUUGGCAGCUAUAAUCCAUGUAUCUGAAAAUUCUCUCUUUUCAGAAGCGUGAACUUACAAAUUAACAAUGUCUUGAUCGAAUUCAAAGAUGGACUAGGAUGUCCUAUUUGAAGGAUACAAGUGAUCCAUACUGCUGGAAGAGGGACUAAUGGAUGAAGAUUCUGCUGCAUAUAUCAAUGGAUUAGAAGCACUGAUAGAUGGAUCUGUCUGGUGCGGAGUUGUUCUAUUCUUCAAAUGCAUACUGCUAACUAGAUUCUACCCUUAUAAAGGGAGGAGGUAAGUCCAGAUUUGGAUCCAAUAUCAACAACCUUCAAGUUUGGAAGACUAUUCGUUGAUUUGUGGCAUUUAACAACCGAUAGCUUAGCACCCUGUAGAACAAUUGAACUGUACAAAAUGUUUAUGUACUCUGUUGGAGGUGCUCCUUCUCUUUCUUGAUUACACUUGCUCAGAGCUUAGUACACCAAACAGAAAAGAAAUUGAAAGGUUCUGCUCUAUGUUGAUUCUUAACCGCCGUU